CAUCUUGGUGGCCACUAGAUUUAAGGUGAUGACCACAAUUCACAAUGUUCCCAGUUCAGGUCAGGCCAAGGAUCUCUUUGCCACGUGUUUCCCCAUUUUUACCUCUAAUCUCCAUAACAGGAAAUAAGGGGGGACAACACUCAAACGCCUGACGUUUAAAUGCUAUCAAAGACACUUCAAUUAGAGAUGCUGUUAUCUGGUAAUUGUUUUCACCCAAGCAAAAAAUUCGGUAAUUGCACUUGGGCACCAACCCAGUCGCAUUUUACAGCAGCACAACGCAUUGGCAGCUCUGAACAAUGGCUCUCCCCUGACUGGCAUUGUUAUACUGAGUAAUAAAGCAGUCGGUGAUUAGUUGGUAAUGUAUCCAUCCAAUCAAAGAUCAGUAACCAGACCCAGACUGUGAAAGCAGAAGGAAAGAGACUUGCAGCUUCUUUUCUCUCUUGGUAGUGAUGUGAUGGAGCUGAGAGGUUAAGAUAAGGCGAGGCAGAGAAGAAGGAGAGAAGGAAAAAGGGGGAUGGUUGGAUUUGUGUGGUUUGGAUCUUGUUUCUGUGUCGUUAUGUUACACUCAGUAGAUACCCAGGUAAGCACUGAAUAAGAUCUCUGUCUCUCCACCUCCCACCACAUGAAUGAUUGAGCACUCGGCCCACAGUGGCCUGGGUCAGGAUGCUGCGGAGGAGCACAAGUGCAUGCAGGCCUGGACACAACAUCACCAUCAUUGUGCCACCACAGCGUUCUGGAUGAAUGAGCCACUUGACAGAACAGAAAGAACAGUACAUGUGACAGGUGGACACGCUUUUUCUGGUCUAACUUCUCUGGAUCCUCACUGAGAUUCUGCACCUGGCAGCAGAAUAUCACCGCUUGGGAAAUGCAGGGUCAGCUGGACAUGGAGGGUGCCCUAACUGCCAGGGACCGGGUGGGGAUCCAGGACUUUGUCCUCCUGGAUGAAACCACAGAGGCAGCCUUCCUCAGCAACCUCAAUAAACGCUUCAGCAAGGAUCUUAUAUAUACCUACAUUGGCACUUUGUUGGUGUCUGUCAACCCCUAUAAAGAGCUGGAUGUGUACAACAACAAACAGAUGGAUCUCUACAUGGGGGUCAACUUUUUUGAGCUUCCACCACACAUCUACGCCUUGGCAGACAAUGCCUACCACACCAUGCUAGCAGAGUUCAACAAUCACUUCAUCCUCAUCUCUGGUGAGAGCGGAGCAGGGAAGACUGAGGCCUCCAAGAAGAUUCUGCAGUAUUAUGCCGUCAGCUGUCCAAGCACCGCUCUGCUGAACACCGUGCGGGACAAAAUGCUAAUGUCCAACCCUGUCCUUGAGGCUUUCGGGAAUGCCAAAACACUGAAAAAUGACAACUCAAGUCGGUUUGGGAAGUAUAUGGACAUUCAGUUUGACAGUGAGGGGGAAGCUGUCGGAGGCCAUAUCCUGAACUACCUGCUGGAGAAGUCGAGGGUCGUGCAUCAGAAUCACGGGGAGAGAAACUUCCACAUCUUCUACCAGCUAGUGCAGGGAGGGGAGGAGGACCUGCUUCACCAGCUGGGCCUGGAGAGAGACUGCCAGCAUUACAACUAUCUAACCCAGGGGGAGUGUGCCAUUGUGGCUUCCAUUAACGACAAAGAUGAAUGGAAAACAGUCAAAAAUGCACUGCAAGUUGUCAACAUCGACGAGAUUAACACAAAUCACUUGUUUGGAAUUGUUGCAAGCGUCCUCCAUUUGGGGAAUGUUCAGUUUGACUCUGACAGUAAAGGCCACGCCCUCAUGAACAACAACCCAGAACUGCGCUGGGUCUCGAAUCUACUAGGGGUUGACGCUCACACUCUCCAAGAGGGACUGACGUACAGGAAGAUCGAGGCCCAAAAAGAUCAGGUCCUCAGCCCGUUCACAAUCGAUCACGCCAUUUACGCCCGAGAUGCCCUGGCUAAAGCCAUGUAUGGACAGACCUUCACCUGGCUGGUCAACAGGAUCAAUGAGUCCAUGGAGAACAAGGACUCUUCAAGAAAGACUGUAAUAGGCCUUCUGGACAUAUAUGGGUUUGAGGUGUUCUAUGUUAACAGUUUUGAGCAGUUCUGUAUAAACUAUUGCAAUGAGAAGCUGCAGCAGCUUUUUAUCCAGUUGACACUCAAGUCUGAGCAGGAGGAAUAUGAGGCAGAGGAUAUCGAGUGGGAGCCCGUACAAUUCUUCAAUAAUAAGAUCAUCUGUGACCUGGUUGAGGAGAAACACAGAGGAAUCAUAUCAAUACUGGACGAGGAGUGUCUGAGGCCAGGAGAUGCCACAGAUCUCACCUUCUUGGAGAGACUGGAAGACAAGAUGGGAAAUCACCCUCACUUUGUCACGCACAAACUGGCUGACAAAAUGACACGUAAGACUCUGGAGAGGGGAGAUUUCCGUCUCUUGCAUUAUGCCGGGGAGGUCACCUACUGUGUUGUGGGUUUCCUGGACAAAAAUAAUGAUCUGUUAUACAGAAACAUAAAAGAUCUGAUGUGUCAGUCUAAAAAUGCCAUAGUCAGAGAGUGUUUCUCCACCAUGGAUCCAGACAACAGGCGAAGACCAGAAACAGUGGCGACCCAGUUCAAGAGCAGCCUGCUGAAGCUGACAGAGAUCCUCAUGGCCAAAGAGGCCUGGUACAUCCGCUGUCUCAAAUCGAAUGAGUCCAAGCAGCCAGGCACGAUGAAGUUAUUUGAAUUUGAUCCCUGUCUUGCUCACAUUUUACUCACAGGUCAAUUUGACGAGGCACUAAUCAGACACCAGGUGAAGUACCUGGGCCUGAUGGAGCACCUCCGAGUCAGGCGAGCUGGUUUUGCUUACAGACGCAAAUAUGAAGACUUCUUGAAGAGAUAUAAACCGCUGUGCCCGGCCACCUGGCCUCACUGGAGAGGAGUGCCCGCUGACGGAGUGGAAGUGCUGAUUCAGCAUCUGGGCUACUUGCCAAAUGAAUACAAAAUGGGACGCACAAAAAUAUUCAUCCGUCAUCCGAGGACACUCUAUGCCACAGAGGACGCUUAUGAAAGAUGUAAACACGAACUGGCAACAAGACUCCAGGCCAAAUACAAAGGAUACAAAGCAAAAGGAGAAUUCAGAAAACAAAAAGAAGCGGCCACCAAGAUUGAAACUUGUUGGAGAGGAGUGCAGGCUAGGAAGGAGAGAGAGAAGAGAGCCUGGGCUGUUAAAGUCAUCAAGCAAUUCAUCAAGGGUUACAUGACCAGAGGACAAGCAAAAAUCACGGAUAACUCGGAGUACCUGGCAUUUGUGAGACAAAAUUACUUGAACCGGCUGAAGGACAAUCUGCCAAAGACCGUUUUGGAUAAAACCACGUGGCUAUCUCCACCAUCGGUUCUCACUGAGGCAUCAGAGAUCCUGCGUAAGCUCCACUACCGUCUUAUGGUACGAAAGUAUGUGAGAGGAAUAUCAACGCAGAGAAAAGCACAGCUUCAAAUGAAGCUUAUUACAAGCUCCCUUUUCAAGGGCAAAAAGGACAGUUAUCCACAGAGUGUCGCUCAACCUUUUGUAGACAGCAGAAUCAGUGAACAAGACAUAAACCCGAGGGCUCUCCAGAUGAUUCGCAAUGAGCACAUCAAGUACGGUGUCCCGGUAGUAAAGUAUAACAGGAAUGGAUUCAAGCCAAGGCCCCGACAGCUCAUCCUCACCCAGGCAGCGGCCUAUGUGAUAGACGAGGCCAAGAUCAAACAAAGAGUGCUGUACGCCUUCCUCAAAGGUAUCUCGGUCAGCAAUUUGACCGAUGGCAUGGUUGUAUUCCACAUAACGUGUGAGGACCCUAAACAGAAGGGGGAUCUGGUAAUGCAGUGUGACCACUUGUUUGAGUUUCUGACCAAGCUUGGUGUCAUUGCCAACAAACAAAAUGUGAUCAAAGUGGUCCAGGGCAGUAUCAAGAUUGAAAUCCAGGCAGGGAAAGAGAGUGCAGUGGACUUCGGCACAGGGCAGGAGCCCAUGGUGUACAAGGCCAAGAACGGACACCUCAUGGUGGUUGCCACUCGGGCUCGCACGCGGUGACGCGUGGGGGUGAGGAGGAGAAACACAAGAAGCCUCUGCAUAUUUCAUCGGGAGACCCCUGAAGGGAAGAUCAACCUGUCCACGCCCGGGCAGAAAGAGCGGCACUUUAAAAAAACGCUGUAGAGCUUGUGGGUUGGACAAUAACAUUUCACAAAAACCAGCACAUUCAUAAAGAGUAGUCAUCGGUUAAAUGUUACUUUUCCACUAAAACAUAUUAAAUUGUAAUGAAA